AUGGAGAUAAAGACCUCUGCACAUAGCCAUCUGUCAUCUCUAGGGAGAACUGUUAUUCCACAUGAACAUAUGUUCACCCGUCCGAUACUGCACGACCUCUACACCCUGGGGUUCGCGGCCCGGGCGGUCAUCAAGUCGUUCUGCAAUGGGGAUCCAGCAGCUAUGCAGAACAUAUUUGGCCGGUUCCUGCUGCAUGUCUACCCCGGCGAAAUGCUGGUCACCGAGAUGUGGGUCAAUGGCCAGAGGGUGCAGUACCAGACCAAGGUGAAAGAGCGCGACCGCGCCGUGCUCUCAGGAUACGUGCUGCUCAAACAACACAUCCCCUCAUCAUUGUAA